AUGAACGAGUUGGUUCCAAACAAGGAAAUGGUCAGCCUUGAUGGGCAGCAAAAGGCCGAGAGUGUGAUGAAGUUGCAUGCAAAAGUCCGGGAGAAUAUUGCAAGGAGAACGGAGCAAUAUGCACGACAAGCAAACAAGGGGCGAAAGAAGAUCACUUUCAAUGAGGGAGAUUGGGUGUGGCUACAUCUAAGGCCGGAGCGCUUUCCAAACAAGAGAACAUCCAAGCUAGCACCAAGAGGAGAUGGCCCAUUCCGUGUGAUUGAGAAGAUCAACGACAAUGCCUACCGUUUGGAGCUUCCCGGUGAGUAUUACGUAUCUUCUACUUUCAAUAUAGCUGACUUGCUUCCUUUUGAUGCAGGAGAUUCUGUUUUGAGGUCAAAACCUUCCCAAGGGGGAGGAGAUGAUGAGGUCAUCCACUUAGAUGAGCUAAACGAGGAGCAAGCGGAGCAAGGAAACCAUGGAACGCACAAAGGAGCUGAGGAGCACAAAGGAGCCAAGGAGGAGGACAAGCAAGGAGAGACAACCAAUGAACCAGUCUUUCCGAUCAUUCCCGAUCCACCACUCACAAGGGAACGAGCAAGGAGCCUGCGUUCAAGAAUCAACAAGUUCGUGGCCAAGACCCUUGAAGACAAUCCAAGAACCGAAGAAGCUUGCGGAUUAAGCAACAAGAGCCUGCUCGUUUUUGAGCUCUUGUUGUCCAACACCUGA